GUGCAUGACACUGCUAUAGAAACAGUUAAUUGAUUAAGAGAAAAAAAAUGUGUCCUUACCCAAUGGAGAAAUUCCUACUAGUACUUGUGGUGAUUACAACAUGCUGUGCUGUACUUCAAGACCUCUCAGGUAAGAUGUUUACCUUUCCAAAAGAGACCAACACUGCUCAGGUGAGCCUAAUGACCUCUCGAGAGACGUUCACUGCCAUCACCGUUUGCCUCCGGUUCUUCACGGACCUCAGAAGGAACCACAUCCUGUUCUCUCUUGCCACACCUACUAAAGGUGACGCUUUUGUCCUCUUCAAGAGGACGGCGGCAGGCGAACUUGAACAACGUUCCAAGCACGGCGUAGCAAUCUUUGAUGGCCAGGACUACACCCUCAACACCUGGCACUCUAUCUGUGCCACCUGGGCCUCUGAGACAGGCCUUGGACAGCUGUGGCUGGAUGGCAAACCCAGCACCAGGAAAUUCCUCCAAUCUGAAGCCAUCAAAGGAAAAACCAUCAUCCUUGGACAGGAGCUGUUUAAGUUUGGCAGGUUUUUUGCCAGGCAGCAGUCGUUCGUUGGCAUGCUGACUGAUGUCCACAUGUGGGACAACCUGCAGUCUCCCUAUGACAUCCAGAGGUACACUAACCAGACAAAUUUCACCCCUGGAAACGUUCUCAGCUGGAGGGCCCUGAACUACCAGAUUUCAGGUCAAGUACUGCUGGAGAACAAGCAGUCCAACUAACCAUUCAAACGUUUAAUAAACCAAAUCAACUUUC